AUGCACAUGUUGGAGAACAGGGAAAAGGUCAUACAUCGAUUGGUCGAGCUCAAAGAAAAUACAUAUAUUCAUACAUCUGUUGUGACCGGUUUCCAACAAAUUUUGUCACUGCUUUUGGUAGUCAGUGCAGCAAUCACGGUCGAGAGGCGCGACAAGGAGAGCCCGAUCGCGGUUAAAAAGCACGACAAAAGAGGCCUGGUGAAUUUAGGGUACGGUCUGCAACCUGAACAGAUAUACGGGGCACCGGAACCAGCGCCUGUUUACGAGUCACAUGUUCCGGAUGGUCUACCGCCGGUGGCUGAACAUUUGGAAGCGGUUGCACCGCCGCAUCCAGCAGGCAUAGUGCACCCAGCCCCCGCCGUUCCAGUUCCGGUACCGCAUAUUCUUCCGCAUCCGUUGCCGUUGCCCGUCGUGCCGCAGCCAAUUCCGCAUCCGGUUCCGGUCGGGAUUCCGGUGACCAAGCACGUGGCGGUACCGGUCCCGGUGGAUCGUCUCGUUCCGGUCGCUGUCCCGGUACCGAAACCGUAUCCCGUACACGUCGAGAAACUGGUCCACGUGGACAGACCUGUACCGGUCCCAGUCGACAGACCUGUUCACGUUCCUGUCGAUCGACCGGUUGCCGUUCCGGUCCCGAUACCAAAACCCUACCCAGUCCCCUACGAGAAGCUUGUCCACGUGGAUCGACCGUAUCCCGUUCACGUGGCCGUUCCAUAUCACGUGCCGAAACCGUAUCCGGUGCCAGUCGCGGUCCACGCUCAUAAGUCACACGGUUGGUUCAAAUGGUGA